AUGCAAGAGCUGAAUACAGAAAAAACCAAGCGCAUGCUCCACAAACUGAGAGCCAAUGUAUACCACAAUAGUGGGAAAGCCACUAAAUACCUAGCUGCCAGGCUACGAAAUAAAUGCUCUAGCUCCAAGAUAGCCCAUGUGGUAGGAGGUGACGGACUAAAGAAGGUUACCCCCAUGGAUAUUAGCCAAGAAUUCGCUCAUUUCUACUCUAAACUUUACAACCUAAAGGAGGAGGGCAGCACUCACAAUGCUAGUUUAGACGACAUAACCCAAUUUUUAACCCAAGCCAACCUCCCCCAAAUAACGAGCGCACAGGCAGAAGCACUAAUCAGGCCCAUUGAGCUCACAGAGGUGCUUGAAACGAUCGCCAAAUUGCCACAAGGGAAGUCACCAGGAGCAGAUGGGCUCCCGAACGCCUACUAUAAAAAAUUUGCGCAUGUCCUGGGCCCCCACCUGCUAAAAGUGUACCGUAGGGCAACUGCCACGGGCGCGCUCCCACCAGAGAUGCUCCGGGCUACCAUAGUGACCAUCCCGAAACCCGAUAAACCCCCGGACACCUGUAAAAACUACCGCCCAAUAUCGCUUCUAAACACAGAUGCAAAGAUCUAUGCGAAGAUCCUAACGAAUAGACUAAAUAGGGUCCUGACAUCGCUUAUUGGGGAUGACCAGACAGGGUUCAUACAAGGAAGAUAGGGAACAGAUAAUACCAGGAAACUGUCGCUGAUCCUGGAUUACCUAAGGGGGACCAGAGGAGGCGGUCUAUUACUGGCACUCGACGCCGAAAAAGCUUUUGACCGCCUAAGCUGGCCCUUUCUGCAACAAGCUUUGAGAGCCUAUGGGUUCCCCCCCCAGUUUGAGUCACAAAUCUUUGCUCUGUAUGCGGGUCCGACAGCCCAGGUACUACAGGCAGGCUUUAUGUCUGACCCGUUUCAGUUGUCCAAUGGAACGAGGCAGGGGUGCCCCCUAUCCCCCCUGCUGUACGUGCUGGCGUUAGAACCCCUCCUGCAAACCAUCCGAAACCACCCCGACGUCAAAUGGAUCCAAAUUAAAGGAACAGAUUAUAAAGUUAGCGCCUUCGCGGAUGACAUCCUCCUUUAUGUCACCGAUCCCAUGACCACAAUCCCUGUAAUUAUGCACAUCAUCAAGGAAUAUGGCCUAUGCUCCUACUACGCACUGAACACCACAAAAACCCAAGCCCUGGGAAUAGGCCUACCCCCCCAAGUGACGGAAACACUACGCAUGACAUACCCUUUUGAAUGGAGGCGGGAUAACAUCAAAUACCUAUGCAUUAUGUUCUCCAGAUGCCGCGCUGAUCUGAGCGCAGCCAACUAUAUCAGGGUCUGGACAGAGUGCAAACAAACCCUGACAAAAUGGGGAUCCCUCUUCCUGACUUGGACUGAGAGAAUAGUGGCGAUUAAGAUGUCCAUACUCCCCAGGUUACAAUACAUUUUUCGGAACCUCCCAUUACCAAUGCCACAAUCCUAUUUUAAAGCGAUACAGAGCGAUAUCACCAACUUCAUCUGGAACAAGGGUAAACCCCGCAUCUCAAUGAAGCUCCUACGAGCCCCAGCUAGAACAGGAGGCUUAGCAGUCCCUGACGUGCGUACCUACUACCACGCAUCCAUAUUAGCAGCAGCCAUUCCCCAUUUUGUUGACCAAAGCCCCCCGCAAUGGGUCAGGCUUGAGAAGCUCAUGAUGACUCCGUAUGACAUCACCCAUAUACUAUGGCUCCCGCAACAGCUUUGCCCCCCCUAAAAGAUAUCCCUCCCCAACUCGCCCUACUCAUACGAGUCUGGGACACCCACAGACGUAAACUGACCUCCAGAUGCCCUCUGUCUCCAGCCACACCGACAGCGGCUCUUACAUACUGCAUUCCCACCUUCUACGCUAAACCGUGGCAGGAGAAGGGGCUCCAGCACUUAGGCCAAUUUCACGCUAACUCAAAGCUCCUAGACUUUCACACCCUACACUCACUCCACGGUGUCCCCCUGACAUCUCAAUUUUCCUACAGACAACUUCAUUCUUUCCUGCACAAACAAGCUACACAGGUACCGCCCAGCCAAACAGCCACCGACCAACUUACAACAUGGGAAAAAAUGUGUAUAAAUAAAAAACUACCCCCACUAUGUAAGCCAAUCUCCACGUGUUACCAACUGCUACUAGACUUCACACCUCUCUCAGAGGCCACGCCAGCUAGACAAUGGGCAGAAGAUCUGGCCAUUGAGCUCACUCACAAAGAGUGGAACACUAUAUCUACCACACCCAAAACCCUCCUUAAAUCAGCACCGUUACUGGAACAGAACAAAAAAAUGAUUUACAGAUGGUACAUGGUCCCGGAGCGGCUUUCUAAAAUGUACCCCGCCGCUUCAUCCACCUGCUGGAGAUGUCGGGAACACACCGGAUCAGUUUUACAUAUCUGGUGGACGUGCUCACUGAUAAAACCCUUUUGGGAAGCAGUGCACUCCUUCUUACAAGACCUCACGAAACUUAAACUGCCCCUUGACCCGCUCACGUACCUGCUACUGCACACUCCCCCCCACACCCCUAAGUACCUCCAAAAACUAAUUUUCCACACAACACUAACGGCUCAACGCCUUAUAGCGCGGGCCUGGAAAUCUCCAACCACUCCUAAGAUACAAAACGUACUCUCAGAAAUAGCUGAGCAGAGGCUCUAUGAGCGUUGCUUCACGAAUAUAUGCCCACCCACCCGUACAGGGACGACAGCAUGGGAUGUGUGGGACGCGUGGAGAUUGGCAAACCCUGAGUAAGGUGAUUCAUUCCUGUACCAUAGCAACAUGUAUGCAUUGUAUUGACCCACUGUGUUCGCAAAGCAAAAGAGCAUCGGAUUAGGCUACGCAUGGGGAAGUAUACUCCAAGUUACACAGAUCUCCCCAGCCCAUGUGUGGGCGCAUUGACUAGAAUUACACUAAACAAUUUUGUGCGGCUUACUUUUAACAACAAUGUUAUUAACACCACUGUCCAAACCAUUACUGUUUUACCAAGCUACUAUGCUACUACGCUAUGUCGCCUUGUACCGAGUGACAUAUACUGUAACACGGAAACCCCCCCGCCCUCCUUCUUCUCUUCUGUACCCCCCCCCCCUGUUCUUAUCAACAAUAAAAAUUGUCAAAUUGAAAAAAAAAAAGAUGAAGAAUAGAUGGCAACUGUUGUUUUAUUAUAGAAAUAUUAUAUAUAUACUUUUUAAAUUUUUAUUUUAGAGGCAUGAUAAGACACAGCUGCAUCAGUCAAACAUGUAUCAAUAGGUAGAAGGUAUAAAGGUGCCAAAGCAGAACUGCACGUUUUUUUGUUUUUGUUUUUUUUAUAAGUCAAUUAUGUAACCCUAGGAGACAGUGAUAAUACAUAAACAUAUUACAAUAUUGUAAGUAAUAUACUGAUGUGGCUUAUGUGUGGUCUGAAGCAAAAUUUAGAUCCGAAAGUAAUAUAUGCCAGAUUUCAAUAUUAGACCAUGUUCAGUACAAGAGGAUAUCCGAGGGUGGUUACAAUGUGUGAUUAUAACGACAUAAAGUGUAUAGGAGAAGGUCAUACAAAAUUUGUGCAUUCGUUAGAAGCUGUGGUGUUUAUAAAAUGAGCAAGGGCUACUCAAGAAGGGUGGUCACCCCUAACCAAGGCAGCAUUGGCUGCCUUGGUUAGGGGUGACCACCCAUUUGUUGUGGAUUAGAUUUGCGUGAGUUGCGAAACUGGGUUAAGACUGUAUUACCCAAAGGAACUGCCAGUGUUAGGCGUCUCCCAAUACCUGGCCUGCAGGGAACCAUUGGGUGUAACAUAGUGCUUGAAAACAAAAAGAAAAUAACAGAAGCAUAAAAAAUAAACAACUUGAACCGCGCAGUCUCCUGCCGUUCUUUUGGGGUUGUAGUCAUCUGCUUUUCCAGUCAGGGAACCGAGGCAUUCUCCAAUCCAGUUAUUGGUACAAAGGGCACCGCGUGAUUUGGGUCCCAGGUCUGGGAGAUGUCAGGAUAGCAGGUGUCAAGUCCGUGAGACCAAAGGCCGUGAGAAGUGUAGGUGCUUCUGCCCCUUAGGAUAUUCUAUGAACAGUUCUAUGGGAAAAUAUUGGGACAUAUAAAAAAAGACAACUCUGUUCUACAGAGUAGCUGUUGACAUUAUAGUUGCGCAGGAAAUUUGUUGACUCUAGAGAACCUCGGGCAAAUCGUACAUCCCCGUGGCGGCGACUUUGCAUGCGGAUGUCAUCCAUAUCAACUUUCGAUGCCAGUUUCUGCGCCUACCAUGGUGACCACAGGUAACUGGGAAUCAGGGUUCCAUUCCGUACAGGGACCCUGAGAAACGGCUACCACAUGCAAGGAAGGCAGCAGGCGCUCAAAUUACCCACUCCUGACGCGGGAAGGUAGUGUCCCUAUAAUUUUAAUGAGUCCACUUGAAAUUCUUUAACUCUGAUCAAUUGGAGGGAAGUCUGGUGCAGAACCACUGACCUGUGCGUUCUGCAGCUGAAACUCCACUAUCGUCUGCUGCUGCUCGCACAGUCUCAUGAGGCGGUGUGCGGGAAGGCCGAAGUUACGCUGCAGCGCAAACAGGCGAGCAGCAGCAGGAUGACAAUGCCAAAAGUGCGCACAGCUGCUACAGUGAAUGUCACAUCCUGUUCCAAGUUGCGGAUCAUUCUGGUGAUGGCUUCUGGUAUCCAGUACUCUUUUUACUGAAGCUGCAUCAGGAUCCUGGUAUGUGGCCGCACAAACGCUGGUGCUCAACACCAGGGGACGUGCGGUUACCCUGCACCAGACCCUGCUAAUCCAUUCCACACUGUGCCAACUAACUUCAACAUCAGGUAUACUGGGUCCCGGUCAUCCAACCGCCGCCCAGACAGUGUCUGGGUCGUGGUCACCGGACUGCUGACCUGACUGUGAAACUACAAAUGGAUUGUUAUAACUGGUACGAACCCAAACUUUGCAGUUCGGGUUCGCUCAACUCUAUUAUGGAUCCUUUGAUCACUACAUGUAUUACUUGGAUAACUGGUCAUUCUCGAGCUAAUACAUGCCGACGAGGGCUAGGGGGCGGCCAUUCCGCUUUUGCACCCUGCUCCCUCUAAUGCCAUGCUGGUGCCUCUGUGCGUCCAGCGCCUCUUCCUCCAAACUGCACACGUCACUCGCAUGACCUUGGGGUCUAGGACCUCAUCAUCCUGCACAUCAUCUUCCACCCACACCUCAACCCUGCCCUCCUUGCCGGUAUGCACACUGCAAAAAAAGCCACAGUAGUUGGCACCUGUGUUUUUCCAGUAUGUAAAGUCUGCAAAGGACAUAUGGAAAUUGUUUUAGAAUUGUAUCCAGGCAACAGUUUUCCCUAUAAACUGACCUCUCAGUUUGACUUGUGAGGGUAUUGCCCCAGAAUUACAAUAUUGUUUUAGUACCUCUUAGCUAUUGAUGACUGGUUUAAAUAUAGCAGCUUGUUAUCUGGUAGUUUCUAGUGUAGAAAAUAUCAAUCUGUUUUCUAUCACUUAGAUCUGUGUAACAAGUGUUGUAGGUGUGAAACAAUAUUACAAGUGACUGAUGUAGUGAAUUUGAAUCAAAGUUAUGCUUCGAUUUGACUCUCAGAUAUGAAGUGAACACCCCAAAUAUACUACUUAGCACCAAAUAAAUAAAUAAAAAUGUGACUUUUUAAAACUCCAAUGUAAGCAGUAGAUUAGCAGCAAAACAUUUAGAAUGUUUACAAGUGCGCAGUAAGCGCACUAUUUGACACUUCUAUUUGACUCUCAGAUAUGAAGAACAGGUCCCAAAAUGUAGUAUUUAGCAGAUUAGCAGCAAAACAAUUAGAAUGUUUACAAGUGCGCAGUAAGCACACUAUUAGACGCUUCUAUUUGACUCUAUUUGACGCUUCUAUUUGACUAAUGUACGUUUUAGCACCCAAAAAAUGUUAAGUUUUAAAACUCAAUGUGACAGCAGUAUUUGACGCUUCUAUUUGACUCUCAGAUAUGAAGGGCACCCCACUAAUGUACUACCCCACUAAUGUACUAUAACUCCGAUAUAAACGCGGUAUUUGAAGCUUCUAUUUGACUCUCAGAUAUGAAGUGCACCCCACCCCACUAAUGUACUACUUUGCAGAAUUCUUCAGCGGCAGCAUCCUCUCCAUACACUAUUAAGACCGCAUGUGCUUGCGGCGCUAAGCGACUCCAGCUUAUAUAUAGAGGCUGAGUCACAUGCUGCACUGGCUAGUCACAACCAUGCCAUUAGUAGGCAUGGCUGUGAUGGCUUAUAAGGGCACACGAGUCAAACGCUUGUUGAUUGGCUGCCCUGCAGCCUUUGAAAACGCGCCAUUAAAUCGCCGAACACUGAACUCCAACCCAAACAGUCAUAUGUCCGUGUUAGGGUCCGGGGUCCAAAAAACCCUAUGUCUUGCCAUUACCUAAAAAUGGUAAUAAAAGGAUUUUAAAGGUAGAUUUAAAAGAGAGAUGCUAAACUAACUGCCUCAUUUCUCUAGCACCGUAUUUGUUAAACUGUAACUAAUUUGUAUUUAAAUAAGUAGCUAAAUACAAAUGGCAUGGGAGGAAUCCUGAUUUCGCUAAGCACAGUGCAGUAUCCCUCAGAUUAUGAUGUUUUAGAUAUACUGCCCUUCAUAGCGAAACAUAGCUGUAUAAUCUUGUGAAUAUCUAACCAGUCAGACCGCUCCUGUAUAUUUUGUGGAAAACAUCCUAGAACCAUUUCUACAACACUAAAAAAAAUUGUAUUGAUAGACUGCCCAGAGAGUACAUUAGCCCAUACCAAAUACAUUCCAUGCCCCUCUCCCCCCACCCACCCCAAAAAAACCAAACACAUCACAUCAGUCCUAUAUUUCUGGUGAAGAUACCAGUGAGCAUGGAAAUGCAAAUUGGGCCUCUUUUGUUUCUUUUAUUUUUAUAUACAAUGUGAUUUGUUAUUUGUGUUUUUUUGUUUUUUUUUGAGUGGAGUGUCUGUUUGGUAUGAGAUAGCAUGCUCAGAUUUCUGUAUUAGAUGUUAAAGCCAACAAAUAUUACAAAAAUACUUGAACCUAACAUUUGGAGUAUAUCCUUCUGUAGCUUUGAUUCAAAGAGUGCUGAAGAAAAUCUAAAAGAUGCAGCCAAAAUCUUGUUGGGAUGAGUGAGCAUCCAUAUUUUCCCUUUGUUAUACUAAUACAUGGUGUGCAUAUGAAAUGUCAGUAUAUUUUGACUUUUUAACACAUGCUUGAGCAUAUAAACAAUCACCUGAUCGGUGUAGACUAAUGGAACGGUUCAAGGGAAACUUUAUUGUGGAGAGUUAUUUCCACACUUUACAAUAAAGAUGGGGAAUUAUCCUCCAUGAAUAUUAGGAACAUUUAAGAGUCCAUUUAAUUAAAUGUAGACAAUAUUUUAAAUUGUUUUAAUCUGUAAAUAAUACCAUAGCUUCAGAAAAAUCAUUUUUACACUAUUAAAUUACACUUAGAAGCCCCUUGAAAGGGCAAAACAAUGUGCCUUUGCUAGCCAGUGUUAUAGAUGGGCACUGUAAUAUUGUCCAGCUCUAUCAAUGCGCUAUUAUACAGUGAUUUUAUAUAAUUUGUUUGCAAUAAGCUGCAUAUUUAUUAUAUUUCUCCACUUUUAACCACUUACAGCAUUUGAAGCCACAAGAUUCUAUAAUGCCAGUGAGAGCAGUCCAUUGUCUCGGGAACUUUGUGAUGGGACCACAUGCAAUGAGGUGGAGAGCUCAACUAGCCACUGGACAGGUAGGACUGGCACACUGAAAACCCUUAUAAAAUUUGUCUUCUCAAAGUUCUAUCCCCACCUCUUUCAUGCUCCUUACAUGAUGUAUCACUUAAUACUCUGUGUAUAAGGAGGGCAAACAUGCAAUUUCUUCUAUUUAAUUUGUUUGUGGAUCCGUAACAUCUCCAAGGAGUUAUAGACUUUCACUGCCUUUACAGGCUAUGCCCCUUCUGGCUCUUGCAAUGGAGCAUUUUCUUGCCGUGAAGAGAAUCACUUUGAGCGCUGUAUGUGCUACAGAGAUUGUGGAUAUGAUGGAGACCCUGUGUGUGGCUCUGAUGGAGUCAUCUAUCAAAACCAGUGUCAGAUGGAGGUUACAGCCUGCAGGAAUAACACCAGGAUCGAGCAAGUGGCUAUGACUCAGUGCACCAUGGGUAAGAGAAAUAUCAUUGGAAAAGGAGGCUUUAAGCUAUAUACUUUCAUUUAAACUGGUGUCUCAAAUUCAGAGAGCUGUAUUUUUCCUGCAAAACAUAAUAUGCUAUUCUUAUGUGUUUUAUAUGUAGAAGAGAAUAUAUCUGAAGAAGAGUCGGACAUUGCAACAGUCAAAGAACAAGAACCACCUCAGGAGACAACAGGUAUUUUUCUUGUAUCUUGCUAGGCUAAUGUGUGUCUACGGUUCUAGCAAAUUAAGACUUUGAAUUGACUUAUAUAGACCUGUCUAGUUAAAGGACCACUCUAGGCACCCAGACCACUUCAGCUUAAUGAAGUGGUCUGGGUGCCUGGUCCAGCUAGGGUUAACCCAUUUUUUUAUAAACAUAGCAGUUUCACAGAAACUGCUAUGUUUAUAAAUGGGUUAAGCCUUCCUCCAAAGCCUCUAGCGGCUGUCUCAGCGACCAGCUGAAUGCGCGCGCAGCCAGCCGCAUGGGCGGAGAGGAGGAGGAUCGGAGGAGGAUCGGAGGAGGAGAGCUCCCCGCCCAGCGCUGGAAAAAGGUAAGUUUUACCCCUUUCCCCUUUCCAGAGCCGGGCGGGAGGGGGUCCCUGAGGGUGGGGGCACCCUCAGGGCACUAUAGUGCCAGGAAAACAAGUAUGUUUUCCUGGCACUAUAGUGGUCCUUUAAGUAAUGAACUCUGACUCAUAUCACUGCAAUUAUAUGCUUUUCAUCAAACAACGAAUGUUGUCACGACCAUCAUUAUUUGAAGUUUGCUAUAUUUUCAAGGUUGCCUUGGCCAGUGCCAAGUGAGUGUAUGUUACUGGGGCACAUUGUGUAUUGAGUACUCCAAAUCAGAAUUUGCUAAUUUUACAAAGUUUUCAUGAUAAUCAUUGCUAAGUAUUACUAAAAGACACAGGUUGCCAUCCAAGACAAGGUAAAUGAGAGGUAGCUCCAACACCGAUCGACAUUUAAUAUGGGGCAACAGGAGCUAGAAUAUACAUUAGAUACAGGAAUGUGUAUUGUAUGAAUGCAUUAUGUAGAGUUUUAGUAGGAGAUACUGUUGAUACUUGUCCCGUAACAGUAGUAUGUACUUCUAUCAGAUAAAAUCUCCAAUGGUUUUGUCGUUUCUUUUAGAAGAGGAAGUGCCUGUUCACCAGUCCGAGGUUUCUUACUAUUCCUAUGAGUAUGAUGUGGAUCCCUACACUAGUGAUAAUGAAGAUGGCCUGGAGAUAGGUACUGAGCUAACAACAGCUGCAAGCUCAGUAGAGGAAGCAGUAAAACUCAAUACAUCAGCCACCAUUGAAUGGUAA